AUGACCCUAGUGCUCUCUGAGAAAACGCGCACGACGGUGCCUCCGUCGCAAGAAGAAGAGGACCUACUCUUUCGGAGUUCCAAGAAGAUAAAAAAUGGAACUAACGAUGCUGGAAGUAGCCUACUGCGGGGCCAUUGGCCAAAGCUUGGAGCUGAGGGGAAUAAAUACAGCUCUGGUGGACCGACUUUUGCAGAAAAACUGAAAGGUAUAGAUGGCCAUAAUGCCAGCUCCGAUGAUGACAUUGAGGAAACAGAUGGCGUAGAGUCGGAUGAUACUUUAUCUGAGGAUUCCUCGCCAGACUCAACAAAAGGAAAAACAGAGCCAAUCUGCAAGAUGAUUGAGAAUCUGAACCGGAAUUUUCCUACUUUUUCUUUCUCUGGGAAAAUGAAGAAAAAACUAUACAGGGCUUGGAGGAAGGCUGUUAUCGUGAAGCUCCUUGACAGAAGUAUCGGAUACAAAGCUUUGUUAACCAGACUACAGAGCUUAUGGGCUAAGAGGGGUGUCAUUACUCUCAUCAACGUGGGUUACGGUUUCUACGUGGUAAAACUAUCAAACAGAGAAGAUUACUUUAAUGCCUUGACAGGAGGGCCUUGGAUGAUAUAUGAUCACUAUCUCACAGUUAGGCCAUGGGAGCCAAACUUUCGCCCUACAAGAGCAUCUAUAGAUAAGGUGGCAGUCUGGGUGAGAAUGCCCAAAGUGCCUCUAGAAUACUACGACGAGGAAGCCUUGACUUUUAUUGGAAAUAGAAUAGGAGAAACCAUUAAAGUAGAUCUGAAUACAUCUUGCCAACUGAGAGGACAUUAUGCCCGCAUCUGCGUUCUAGUUGAUUUGACUAAACAACUAAUGCCAGGAUUCUCUCUAGAUAAUGAAGAUUAUCAUCUGGAGUAUGAAGGUCUUCAUAUGUUGUGCACUGAAUGCGGGUGGUAUGGCCAUAGAAGCGAGGUCUGCCCAUCUAAAAAGGGAAGAACAGAGCAUGUCCAGGAUGCUAAUGAGAACCAAAACCCAUGCGACAGAGGUGGAGAUCAACAGAUGGAGGUUGAUAGCAUUCAGGAACAAUGGAGAGUAGUGCAAAAAUCUCGCAGACAAAAGAAAGCAAAAGAAAACAGGGGGGAAACUUCCCGUCCGGCGAACGGAGGCUCUCGCUUUGGGGUUCUAGCUGACGUGGAAGAACAAACAAAAGAGACAGAAAAUAACGGUGAUAUCCGUUUUGCAGAGGCACAGGUAGUGUCACAACCGCAACACUUGAUCCAACGCAAUAAGUCUGUACGACGUACCAGUGGAAAGAGUGGUAGUGCUAUAACAAAGGUGCAAGAAGAAAGAUUCCAAGCUGGCACCUUAGUGGCGGGACACGACAUGGAGAUAGCAGAGAAAACGGAGGAAAAACGUAAGAGCGAGAAAAGGGCGCGUGAUGUUUUGAGAAGAGAUUAUAGGAGUAAGGACGUCCCUAUGUUACCAAUGGAAGAAAUCACUGAGAACAAUUGCAAUGAGGAGAACACGUGUCAAGAUAUGGUGCAAGACACUGAACGAAAUGAACCUGAAAACACUGAUGAAUUUACGGAAGUCCAAACCUCCCCUACCUUCAAUGAUGGUGAGUUGGACCCUGAAGAAGUGGACCCAGGAGAUACACGGAUUGGGCCUGGUUUGAACAGCCCUCUAAUUCCAACCCAUGAGAAUUUCGGUAGUGAGAAUACAGUGGUGCCCGAAACCCAACUUCCUAUUGGGUUUUGA